AUGCUACCGUCUGCAGAAGCUGCGAAAUUGUACCAGACCAAUUACGUCCGCAACUCCAGCGUCAUCGGACUUUUAUGGACCAUCUUCACGAUCCUGUUCGGUAUUGUGAACGUGAUCAUCUUCUCCCAGCCCUACUGGAUCGGGGAUGGCGUGGAUACGCCGCAGGCCGGCUACUUCGGCCUUUUCCAAUUUUGCAUCGGAGACGGCAUCGCCAGAGAGCUGGACUGCGAGGGGACCUUCACUGAGUUCGCCGAUAUCCCCUCCACCGCGUUCAAGGCCGCCUCCUUCCUCAUCGGAAUGUCCAUGAUGCUGAUUGUCUCCUGCAUCGGCUGCUUCAGCCUCUUCUUCCUCCUCAGCACCUCCACCGUGUACAAGAUCUGCGGCUGGAUGCAAGCGGCAUAA